AUGCACGACCUCAAGAGCAUUCCGACAAAGGCUUACGUUGUUGAGAAGAAAGGCGCUCCGUUUGUUCUCCAAGAUAUUUUACUAGACGAAAUACAGAGCCAUGAGGUUCUUGUGGAGAUCUUGUAUACCGGCCUAUGCCAUACGGAUAUCGUGGUUCAACAUGGUGGCAUGCCCGUUGGUGGCUAUCCUGCCAUUCUAGGCCACGAAGGUGUUGGAGUGGUGCGCAAAAUUGGAUUGGGUGUUUCUAAUCGAAGUAUACUCCCUGGUGACAUCGUCAUCCUAUCGUUCCAUGCAUGCCAACAAUGUCGAUAUUGCCGAGAGGGGAAGCUUGGAAGUUGUACCCAUGGAACGCCGGUAUUUGCGCAAUUUUUUGGACAGUCAUCUUUGAGCAAGUUGAUGAUAGUUCCAGAGAGCUCUGUGGUGAAAGCCGGGUUGUGUCUUGAAGACAACCUCUCCUGCUUGCCAUCGUUAUCAUGCGGCUAUCUGACUGGAGCAGGAACGGUAUUUAAUGCAUUGCAACCGAAGCAAUCCGACACGAUUGCAGUCGUUGGUAUGGGCGCUGUGGGAUUUGCUGCUUUGAUGGCGGCUCGAGCGCUUGGAGUCGCGCAGAUUAUAGCUGUCGAUAUUGUUGAUGAAAAGCUUCAAAUGGCGACUAGCCUUGGAGCCACUCAUACCAUCAACUCUAGCGCAUUCCAGGACAUCAACGAGGGCAUCCGAAGUAUCUUCCCGGACGGAGUUGACAUGAUAGUCGAGGCAACAGGAAUAGCCAUUCUCGCAGAAGCAUCAGUGAAAGCGCUGGCCCAUGGGGGAACAUUGGCUCUUGUUGGCGCGCUACCGCCAGACGCCGAUCUCAAGAUCAACGGACUGGACGUGUUGACCUCCUGCAAGAAGAUUGUAGGCGUUAUUGAAGGAUCUUCAAAUCCUCACGAGAUGAUUCCGCGGCUUGUUGAGUUGUACAAGCAGGGCAAAUUUCCUGUGGACAAACUGUCCAAAGUCUAUCCAGCCGAACAAUUGGAUCAAGCUUUGGAGGAUCUGAAGACUGGAAAGGUGAUUAAGCCAGUUUUGUCGUGGGAAAGCGUGGCAUCUUCUGAAUGA